AUGCGCGGAGGGAGGCGAGUGGGAGGUGCAGGGCCGCGGUGGCGGCGCUCGGCGAGGGUAACAAUGGCAGCGGCAGUGACUGCAGGUGGCGGCCCCGGCCCCGGGGCGGCGGCGGCGGGGCUGGCGGCACUGUCCGUAUCGCGGCGGAAAGACGGCGGCCCUACGGGCAAGUUCUGGGAGAGCCCGGAGACGGUGUCCCAGCUGGAGGCGGUGCGGGUCUGGCUGGGGAAGCACUACAAGAAGUACGUUCAGGCAGAUGCUCCGACCAAUAAAACAUUGGCUGGGCUGGUGGUGCAGCUGCUGCAGUUCCAGGAAGAUGCCUUUGGGAAACAUGUCACCAAUCCUGCCUUCACCAAACUUCCUGCCAAGUGCUUCAUGGAUUUUAAAGCUGGAGGUACAUUAUGUCAUAUUCUUGGUGCUGCUUACAAGUAUAAGAAUGAACAGGGCUGGCGGAGGUUUGAUCUGCAGAAUCCAUCGCGAAUGGAUCGAAAUGUGGAGAUGUUCAUGAACAUUGAAAAAACACUAGUGCAGAAUAAUUGUCUGAGCAGACCAACAAUCUACCUCAUUCCAGAUAUCGAAUUGAAGUUGGCUAAUAAACUAAAGGACAUUGUCAAACGUCACCAGGGAACCGUCACUGAUGAGAAGGCAAAGGCCACCCACCAUAUUUAUCCUAAUCCUACCUCACUGGAUGAUGAUGAAUGGUUGAGACCUGUGAUGAAGAAAGAUAAGCAGGUGUUGGUGCACUGGGGCUUUUACCCAGACAGCUAUGAUACUUGGGUUCAUGCUACUGACAUUGAAGCUGAAAUUGAAGAUGCUCCAAUUCCAGAAAAACCAUGGAAGGUUCAUGCCAAAUGGAUUUUGGACACAGAUAUAUUCAAUGAAUGGAUGAAUGAAGAGGAUUAUGAGGUGGAUGAGAACAAGAAGCCAGUGAGUUUUCGCCAGCGAAUCUCUAUGAAGAAUGAAGAGCCUGUCCGUAGCCCUGAGAGAAGAGACAGGAAAGCAGCAGCAAGUACCAGGAAAAGAAAGCAUUCACCUUCUCCUCCCCCGACUCCCGUGGAAUCGAGGAAAAAGACUGGAAAGAAAGGACAAGCAGGACUGUAUGGGAAAAGGCGAGGUCAGAAAGAAGACGAUGAGCAAGAAGAUCUUACCAAGGACAUGGAGGACCCAACACCUGUACCGAACAUAGAAGAAGUGGUACUUCCCAAAAAUGUGAACCCAAAGAAAGACAGUGAAAAUACGCCAGUGAAAGGAGGAACAGUAGCAGACCUAGAUGAGCAGGAUGAAGAGACAGUUGCUACAGGAGGAAAGGAAGAUGAAGAUCCCAACAAAGGUGAUCAGAGUCGAUCCAUUGACCCAGGUGAAGACAAUGUCACAGAACAGACCAAUCACAUAAUUAUUCCAAGCUAUGCAUCAUGGUUUGACUACAACUGUAUUCAUGUAAUUGAACGCCGCGCUCUGCCAGAGUUCUUCAAUGGGAAAAACAAGUCCAAGACUCCAGAAAUAUACCUGGCUUACCGUAACUUCAUGAUUGAUACAUAUCGCCUAAACCCUCAGGAGUACUUGACCAGCACUGCCUGCAGAAGGAACCUGACUGGAGAUGUAUGUGCUGUAAUGAGAGUGCAUGCCUUUCUGGAGCAGUGGGGUCUAGUUAACUACCAAGUGGAUCCAGAAAGCCGUCCCAUGGCAAUGGGUCCUCCUCCUACUCCUCACUUCAAUGUUCUUGCUGAUACCCCCUCUGGACUUAUGCCUCUUCAUCUCCGAGCUCCUCAGGUCCCUGCUGCCCAGCAGAUGUUGAGCUUUCCUGAGAAGAACAAAGAAAAGCCUACUGACCUGCAGAACUUUGGACUUCGCACAGACAUUUACUCAAAGAAGACCUUGGCAAAGAGUAAGGGAGCCAGUGCUGGAAGAGAAUGGACAGAGCAAGAGACACUGCUGUUACUAGAGGCUCUGGAGAUGUACAAAGAUGACUGGAAUAAAGUCUCUGAGCACGUUGGGAGUCGUACCCAGGAUGAAUGCAUUCUCCAUUUUCUGAGACUUCCCAUAGAGGACCCUUAUCUGGAGAACUCUGAUGCAUCCUUGGGCCCAUUGGCUUACCAGCCUGUACCUUUCAGCCAGUCUGGAAACCCAGUGAUGAGCACUGUUGCUUUUUUGGCAUCUGUGGUAGAUCCUCGGGUGGCAUCAGCUGCAGCUAAAGCUGCUUUAGAGGAAUUUUCUCGAGUCCGAGAGGAGGUACCACUGGAACUAGUUGAAGCCCAUGUCAAGAAAGUGCAGGAGGCAGCAAGAACUUCUGGGAAGGUGGAUCCAACAUAUGGACUAGAGAGCAGCUGCAUUGCUGGAACAGGUCCAGAUGAGCCAGAGAAGCUUGAUGGAGUUGAAGAAGAAAAAAUGGAAACUGAGACAGAUGGGCAACAGUCAGAAAAGGUUGAAAGCAAAGGAGAAAGUGAAAUAGAGGAAGGUGAUAAGGUUCAGGAAGGAGAAAAUGAGAGAAAUCCAGAAAAGGAGCAGGACAUUGAAGUCACGUCUGAUACCAAGUCAGAAGAGAAGGAGGCAGAAGAGAACAAGGAGAACGUUGAGGCGUGCAAAGACAAGGAAAGCGACACUGGAAAGAAGAAAGUGGAACACGAAAUCUCUGAAGGAAAUGUAGCUACAGCUGCAGCUGCUGCUCUUGCCUCAGCUGCCACCAAAGCAAAGCACCUAGCAGCAGUGGAAGAGCGAAAGAUCAAGUCCUUGGUAGCCCUCUUGGUGGAAACACAAAUGAAGAAACUGGAGAUCAAACUUCGUCAUUUUGAAGAGCUGGAAACAAUCAUGGACAGAGAGAAAGAGGCAUUAGAACAGCAAAGGCAGCAGUUGCUGACCGAACGACAGAACUUCCACAUGGAGCAGCUGAAAUAUGCAGAAUUAAGGGCACGCCAGCAAAUGGAGCAGCAGCACAGUCAGAACACACAACAAUCACACCAGCAUUCCAGUGGGCCUGGCAUGAACCCACUUGGGGCACCGGGUCAUCCAGGCAUGCUGCCUCAUCAGCAGCCCCCUCCAUACCCUAUGUUGCACCACCAGAUGCCCCCCCCUCAUCCACCACAACCAGGACAGAUGCCAGGGCCAGGGUCAAUGAUACCUGGGCAGGCCAUGCCAGGCCGGAUGAUGCCAUCUGUGUCAGCCAACAUCCACCCAGCCAGCGGUGGCCCUCCCGCAUCUGGCAUGCCACCAAUGUCAGGAAACAUAAUUGGACCUCGUGUUCCCCUAGCAGCUCCAAAUGGCAUGUAUCCCCCUCCAUCGCAGCAGCCGCCACCACCAGCUGAUGGGGUGACUCCACCUACAACGGGAGCAACUCCGGCCUCAGCAGCUCCCUAAUGCAUCCAACAACAACUAAUUUCUAGAGCUGAUCCCUAGAACCAAGAUAGUGGCGACCAAAAAUGGAUUUCCUCAGUUUCCUUCUGUUUCUUUCAGGGGGGUUUGGUCUCCUGUCAGCCUGCCUGCACCUCCUCCCCUCUCACCGACUUUAUAGUCUGGCAUUAUUUGGCUGUACUCCUUUGGGGAGCUCUUACGCUGAACACAUCGAGCAGUAGUGUUACUUGAUGUUGCUGCUAGGACGUCCUUCACACGUUUGUCUGUUUACCCUAUGGAAUGAGUGCUCUGCGCUGGUUUUCCUUUAUCUUGCUGCUUCUGCUGGUUAAUCUUUGGAUUCUCUUUAGAGAUGGAGAGGGGCUUUUAGGCUGGACGCAUAACUGAAUAUUAGGCUGUAGUAGGUGGUGGGUUCCAUCCAUAGUCUCUGAGGUGUAAUCUACUGUGCAGUGUGCAAGGCAUCGAGUAAACAGAACAACCAGUGGCUUGAGCACAUAAGGGAGAGUGAGGGAGGAGUUCUCCUUCCACUGCCUUGGAGCGGAAGCUUUGUUAAUUCUGUCCGUAUUCAUUACAGGUAGAUAAUCAUUAAGGGCAAUAGCUGAGCCCCAAGGCUGCCUUGCUAACUUAUUAAAGAAAAUAUUGAUCCGAUGUGAAUAGAGCCAGGAGUGAAUCAGUUAGAAUCAAACCACUCUGAGCUUUAUUGCUCCAGUUUAUAUUUUAUUUUGUUUAAUUGGAAGGAGGGGACGUUUGUAGUUGAAUCCUCUUCCUUCUAGGUAGUUUGGUACAGUAGCCAACUGAGGAAUAAAACAAAUUUUAGUCCCUCUGUUUUUGGAGCAUAUACUUUUUUCUUUUAAAAUUGAACUUAAAAAAAAAUAGUAGAUAGCAAUGAAGUGCUAGUGUAUGGGAUUGGGUUGGGAUGGCUGGGGGGGUGAACGCCAGAACUACCUCUUGCAGUCAGCCGGGCUGGGCAGAAUUCAGCGAACGUGGUACUUUUUCUUUCUGGACUGGGAUUGGAGGUGGGAGAACACUCGCUCCUCUGUUCACACUUCACCCUCCACUUGCUGAGCUUUAUCAUUCCAUUCUUUGUGGGGCAGUGGGGGAACAGCUUUGGCAGUUGACUCCAAGCAUGUUCCACGAUUAGAGGCGAUUGAGAAGGCCAACACAAUGCCACUGAGUUUGGACUGCCAAAUGCUGGUCCUUGCCCUCAUCAUUAGUGACUGCAUGGUUCACAUCCUCUGUGUGGUUCAGACCCUCUCCUUCCAGAGAGCUUUCUGACAAGCGUCCUCACCAACGCACUUAGGAUCAUUCAGAGGUGGAUCUCUGUGAUCAGGAGUGUAAGGCUGUUUUAAAGCUUGACCACAGCUAUUUCACUAGUGGGGUGGAGGAUCUGAAACUCACAGAGCUAUUUCAUAAAGAACAAAUACAGAUUUGCCUUGAAGAGCACUCAAGUGCUUGAUGCCUCGAAAUGUUAAUAGUUGAACUUUCCAGACCCUGACAAUUUGCGCAUAUAUGUGAAGUAACCAUUUUUGGGCUGUCUGCACAUCAACUCCAUGCUCAUACAAUUGUACUUGGCCUUGUUACUUCCAGUGUUUAGGAAUAACACUUUCCCAUUGUCAAGCUCCAAGAAUCUGCAGUGCCUAGCAAAGAACGGUCAGGGCCUCUCCUCCCCCCACCUUUCAUAAAACAAAUCCAUUCCACAUGUUACCUUUCCCUCCAGGGCCUUUGGAGCGAGCAUGGAAUUCUGAUUCAGGCCAUGGUCCAGUUUAGAAUAACCUCAGGUUGUUUUUAGUGUGAUCAAUUUCAAAUUUAAAGGAUCCAGAUGGAGACUAUUUUUUACUGUACUAGUGAUGAUCCUACAAAGUACCUGAAUUCUUAACGCUGUUGUGUUUCUGUAUAAAUACAUGUGGCAACUUUUUCAUCUGAUCCUCUGUAUAGGGCCGGUUUUAUUCCUGCAACACAGCCACCCAAUUUUGUGAAAUAAAAAACAUGGUUUUUGUACAAAA